GCGCGUGUCUGUGUGUGCCGUGUGUGUACGCGCGCGCGCCGGUGUGUGUGGCGGGGGCGGGCUCUGCGCCCGGGGGCAGGGCUCCGCAGUAAGAGUGGCAGCUGGACUUGCCAGGCUGCGAGGGGCAGGGCACAGAGCCGCAGUGCCGUAGUAGCGGGCCACGGAGAUAGACGGCUUUGGAGCUGCGGAACCCCGAGCACAGGGUGAAGACCCCGGCGCUGCCAACCACAGCCUGGCCUCCUGGUCUCCGCGGCACCCACUCGGGCUGCAUCCCCCUCCCCCGAGAGGGCUGCGCGGGCGGGAAGACGCCCAGACGCCAGCUUCGGUCCCCCUUCAGUCUCUCGGUUCCUCUUUCCUCCCAAGUAAGGGAAUAAACCGCGAGGAAGGAGCGCCCCGGGCCACCGCGCAACCAAGUGUUGCCUGGUGAGGAAGAGCCAGGAUUUCUGAAUUUACCUUGAAUACAGACAGGAGGAUGUUGCCUAAGGAAUAGCAGAGAUCUUGUCGCAUCUUCUGAGAGGUGCCUGCUGCUGCUGUAUACACUUGAGUGCUCCCAGAAGUCUCCUGAAAGACUUACAUCGCAAAUCUGCAAUGAGCCAAGCCCUUGGCUGGGCCUCCACUUCAGCCUAGCGAACAAAACUCCAUCCCUGCCCUUUAGCCACUCACACCAAGUUUAAAAAUGGGUGAAGAACGGUGGGUCUCCCUCACUCCAGAAGAAUUUGACCAGCUGCAGAAAUAUUCAGAAUAUUCCUCCAAGAAGAUAAAAGAUGUCUUGACUGAAUUUAAUGAGGGUGGGAGCCUCAAACAAUAUGACCCACAUGAGCCAAUUAGCUAUGAUGUCUUCAAGCUGUUCAUGAGGGCAUACCUGGAGGUGGACCUUCCCCAGCCACUGAGCACUCACCUCUUCCUGGCCUUCAGCCAGAAGCCCAGACAGGAGACCUCUGACCACCCGACCGAGGAGGCCAGCAACAGCGAGGCCGAUAGCCCAGAUACUAAUAUACAGAAUGCAGAUAAUGCCACCAAAGCAGACGAGGCCUGUGCCCCUGAUACUGAAUCAAAUAUGGCUGAGAAGCAAGCACCAACUGAAGACCAAGUGGCUGCAACCCCCCCGGAACCCCCCAUCCCUCGGUCUUCAGGCUCGGAAUCCCCUGUGGUGUACCUGAAGGAUGUUGUGUGCUACCUGUCCCUGCUGGAGACGGGGAGGCCUCAGGAUAAGCUGGAGUUCAUGUUUCGCCUCUAUGAUUCAGAUGAGAACGGUCUCCUGGACCAAGCGGAGAUGGAUUGCAUUGUCAACCAAAUGCUGCAUAUUGCCCAGUACCUGGAGUGGGAUCCCACAGAGCUGAGGACUAUAUUGAAGGAGAUGCUGCAAGGGAUGGACUACGACCGGGAUGGCUUUGUGUCUCUACAGGAAUGGGUCCAUGGAGGGAUGACCACCAUCCCAUUGCUGGUCCUCCUGGGGAUGGAUGACUCUGGCUCCAAAGGGGAUGGGCGGCACGCCUGGACCAUGAAGCACUUCAAGAAACCAACCUACUGCAACUUCUGCCAUAUCAUGCUCAUGGGCGUCCGCAAGCAAGGCCUGUGCUGCACUUACUGUAAAUACACUGUCCACGAACGCUGUGUGUCCAAAAACAUUCCUGGUUGUGUCAAAACGUACUCAAAAGCCAAAAGGAGCGGCGAGGUGAUGCAGCACGCAUGGGUGGAAGGGAACUCCUCCGUCAAGUGUGACCGGUGCCACAAAAGUAUCAAGUGCUACCAGAGUGUCACCGCGCGGCACUGCGUGUGGUGCCGGAUGACGUUUCACCGCAAAUGUGAAUUAUCAACGUUGUGUGACGGUGGGGAACUCAGAGACCACAUCUUGCUGCCCACCUCCAUAUGCCCCAUCCCCCGGUAUAAGAUCAUCCCCACCCCGGGUACCCACCCCCUGCUGGUCUUGGUGAACCCCAAGAGUGGAGGGAGACAAGGAGAAAGAAUUCUUCGGAAAUUCCACUAUCUGCUCAACCCCAAACAAGUUUUCAACCUGGACAAUGGGGGGCCUACUCCAGGGUUGAACUUUUUCCAUGAUACUCCAGACUUCCGUGUUUUGGCCUGUGGUGGAGAUGGGACAGUUGGCUGGAUUUUGGAUUGCAUUGAUAAGGCCAACUUUGCAAAGCAUCCACCAGUGGCUGUCCUGCCUCUUGGAACAGGAAAUGACCUUGCCCGCUGUCUCCGCUGGGGAGGAGGUUAUGAAGGGGGCAGCUUGACAAAAAUCCUGAAGGACAUUGAGCAGAGCCCCUUGGUGAUGCUGGACCGCUGGCAUCUGGAAGUCAUCCCCAGAGAGGAAGUGGAAAACGGGGACCAGGUCCCAUACAGCAUCAUGAACAACUAUUUCUCCAUUGGUGUGGACGCUUCCAUUGCACACAGAUUCCACGUGAUGAGAGAGAAACACCCUGAAAAAUUCAACAGCAGGAUGAAGAACAAGCUGUGGUACUUUGAAUUUGGUACCUCGGAGACUUUUGCAGCGACCUGCAAGAAACUGCAUGACCACAUUGAGUUGGAGUGUGAUGGGGUUGGGGUGGACCUGAGCAACAUCUUCCUGGAAGGCAUUGCCAUUCUCAACAUUCCCAGCAUGUAUGGAGGCACCAAUCUCUGGGGAGAAAACAAGAAGAACCGGGCCGUGAUCCGGGAAAGCAGGAAGGGUGUCACUGACCCCAAAGAACUGAAAUUCUGCGUUCAAGACCUCAGUGACCAACUCCUUGAAGUGGUGGGGCUAGAAGGAGCCAUGGAGAUGGGGCAGAUCUACACCGGCCUGAAGAGUGCAGGGAGGAGGCUGGCCCAGUGCUCCUCUGUCACCAUCAGGACAAACAAGCUGCUGCCAAUGCAAGUGGAUGGAGAACCCUGGAUGCAGCCAUGUUGCAUGAUUAAAAUUACUCACAAGAACCAAGCACCCAUGAUGAUGGGGCCUCCCCAGAAGAGCAGCUUCUUCUCGUUGAGGAGGAAGAGCCGUUCAAAAGACUAAACAGUGUGCCAAACACCAGCUAAACCAAGACAGAAAACAAGAAACUAUAAUGCACACUCACACACACAUUUAUGUGCACACUCACAUAUGCACACACACGCACACUUACACACUCUUCUCUAACCAGCGGAAGCAAAGCCACCCUUCAGGAAGAAAACGUCACUUUGCCAUAGAUUCUAUUUCAACAGUGGGUACACCCGUAACAGAGCCAGUGCCAACAAAACAUUUUGAAUGGACUUAGGGCCCAUGAGGGUGUGGCUGGUUCAUGCAGCAACCUCCACAUUCCCACAGGCCUCGAGUAGAAUUUUUUGAGACUGAAGAGAAAUCCCCCUUUCUUUCUCCCAGCCCUGCAGGUUUCCUCACGGAUGCUUGUGAGGGGCAGGCUGCAGGUUUCCUGCCUAUGGUGAGAUCGGAUGUGGCCAAGAGAAAGAGCUCUGGUUCCAGAGAAUUUGCACAAAGGUCCCUCUGUACAGAGACAAAACGGCCUCCAGCUCUCACAGCGUAAUCCUUGGCAGGGCUCAGCAGGCGCACGUUGGUUUCUUGGUCGUCCUUUGAGUGACAACUUCUCCCUCAACCUGCUGAGGAGGCAGAAAGGCCGUGGAAAGCUGUAUUUCCAUUCUUGGGUUUCUGCACCAUCAGUGGGCACUUGUUAUUUUCCCGGAGCCUUCUCCUGGUGGCUGUAUGUUUGUUUAGAGGCGGCUCCAAGAGCUCCCAGAGCUGCCUGCACAGCACACCUUAGAUGUGGUAUUUAUUUUCUUAGUUCUGUGAACACCUGGGAGGGAAAGCAGAGAAACUGGGAUUUAUUUUUCAAAUUGGUGUCAUAAUAUUGUGUAAAAAGGGAAGAAAAAAAAAAAAACCACCCCCAGCUUCUUUCUUUUUCAAGCCAAAGCGUGUUUCCUGUUUGAGUUCCAAGCCCUGGUGGCAGACUAUUCCUGAAGGCAGAAAAGAUGGGAAGGAAGGAACUUUGCUAGGGAAACCGGGAGAUGGUUCCCUCCUGCUUCUUUGCACUCACCACUCCCAGAGUAUGACCUGAAGGACCUUCUGAUGGUCUUACGUGUGUGUGUGUAUAUAUAUGUUUAGCCUAUAUAUUUAUAUAUAUAUAAAUAUUUAUUUACUGACGGACUUUUCCUGAUUGAAAAAAUAACAGAGGUAGUAUGAGACAGAAAGUGGUAAGGAAAAAGAAGGUUCUUACUCCCCCACUCCGCUGUUUCAUUAUCAGGACGCAUCUCCCUGCGAUGAUCACAAGGGUUAAGGGGAAUGAAAGUAGCUCCCUAUUAUGAAUGAAGAGACUGAGAACUCCUAUUCUAGAUCCUCAAAACAAGCAUGAAAGACUUGCUGGGCUGGAUUUACUCUCCCAUUUGUCAGAUAAGAAAACUGAGUCUCAGAAAAGUUCAGAGACUUUUCCAUGGUGUCUUGGCUAAUGCAGCUUGAGAGUAGGUGCCGUUACAAAGAUAUUUAAUGGAGAAAAGAACCCAUGCAUCUCAGAGUAGGGUCGUUUCCGGUCACUGAAAAGUGAUUCCACUUGGAUCCAGGUUGCCAGGGAGGAACAAACGUACAGCACAUGCGUGGACGGGAUAUCCCCACACAAGAAAACGAGUGCCUCAUGCUGCUUCCCAGAGGUUCUCUCUGGCCUGAAUGGAAAAGAAGUUGGUCUGAGGUCGAAGGUACUAAACAGAUCAUCAGAUUGAACUCUCCACAUGUCACCUUAUCAUGGUCAUCAUGGUCUUAGUUUGGAAACAACCUUGGCUGCGGGGAUGACCUCAGUGGAGAGUCGCAAGGAGGACUGAGGCAUCUUCUGCAAGAUACUGCCAGCCAGGACGGAGGGGUCUCAGCAGAGCUCAGUGCACUUCAUUCAGCAAGUGCCAGCAUUACCAUCCUUUCCCAAAGGCAAGGCCGCUCAGAGCUUCACUGGGCCUCCAUCCCUCUCUGAGAUUUCUCAGUGGAAACUUGGACCCAUUUAAUAUCACUCUGCUGAGCUGCCUCUAAUCUCCUUGCAUUGGACAGGAGCUUUGGACAAGGAAGGGAAUAUUAAGAUUGUGUGUACAAAUGGCACUUAACUGUGAAGGACCAUCUAGGAGCAAGAUCUAAGACCAUUCUGCUCAACCUAAUAGUGCAGAAUGCUGACUAAGGGGAAAACCAGGCCACCUGAAGUAUAUCUUUAAUGAUGGUAUUCUUGGUGAUGGGACCAACAAGCUCCAGAAUUACUACAGGUAUUAUCUUGGAAGCCACUUGAUUCUGAAACUGAGGCAGUUUCAGGUUUGGGGUCACUGAUUCUAAGACAUUUACAGAAGUUCAUGCAUGUGUUUCAGCCAAGUUCCCCCAAGAUUGAGGCUAUUGAGACAUGGCACUAUCAACAGGUGAAAUUGAUUCUCAGAGACUCACAAGUCUCAUGAAGGGGCUGUGCAGAAAAUGGCCCUUACCUGCUAUACCCUAGUGCACAGGACUUGCAAUAUUGCUUGAGAGACAUAUCCCAAGUCCUUCUUAGAGGCAUGGAGUAUAACAACUUCAGUGGAAUUGCACUUCCAAUUUGGUAACCUUAGUAAAUCUUGUGUUGUUUAAUCAUGACUUGCAAAUCAUCCUUUAAACACUAUGACUGUGGUUUCUUGUUGUGGAGUCCCUCAUCAUAGUGACCCUCAUAGCAACCUCUGAGGUUAGCCAAGAAGGUAUUAUUAUCUCAAUCUCAAUGAGAAGAACAAGGCUUAAAGAGGUUUAGUGACUUCUCAAAGCCACAUGGUUAGUCAGGGGAGAACCUAGUCCCUUAUUUCUUAUUCUGAUUCUGGCCAUGCUAUAGACAUGUUCUCACCUGCCCCCCAUGCUUCUACCCCAAUAGCAAUAAAAACUGUAAAGCAGGAA